AAAGCACCAUAAACACCACAUCUAUCAUAGAAGAGCUGUGUUUCCUCCUUCCUUAUUCUGAGUCAGAUACUUCAUCAGAUCAAGUCAAGUCGGGAGGCUUAAUUAAAUCACAAGCCAAAGGAUUGAGGGGUAUACUUUAUAAUUUUUUCGUAAAUGUUUGACCUUUUAGGAUUCCCCCAGAAAACCUCAAGUGGAUUUUGUUUGAUGUAUUGAUUUUGAGUGACAGCCUGAAGUUGAACAUUUGGAAACCUUUGGAUUUCACUUUUGGAUUUACUCCGUUUUUAAGGAACGGGUCAAAUCUAAUUGAAGAUGCUGAGAAAGGGGGAAUGGGUCUGGGUGGACUCAGACAUCGGGGUCCCCAUUGGAGCUCGGGUCAAAGAAACAUCAACUGGUCUGAGAUUAUUGGUGGAUGAUGAGGGAAAUGAGCGGCGUUUGUCCAAGGAGGAGGAAGCCUCUCUCAGGAUCAUGCACGCGACAUCUGUUGAGGGGGUGGAUGACAUGAUCAAGCUUGGGGACAUGACGGAGGCUGCCCUGCUCAGGAACCUGUCGCUCAGACACAAGCGAGGACACAUCUAUACCUACAUAGGUUCAGUUUUGGUGGCGGUGAAUCCGUACCAGGAUUUUCCCAUAUACUCAGACGAACAGGUGAGAUUGUACCACAGUCGGAAGCUCGGAGAACUCCCCCCGCACAUUUUCGCCAUCGCUGAGUCCUGCUACUUCAACAUGACUCGCCAUCUCAAGAACCAAUGCUGCAUCAUCAGUGGGGAGUCUGGAGCUGGGAAGACAGAGAGCACCAAACUGAUCCUCCAGUAUUUGGCUGCUGUGAGCGGGAAACUCUCUCAGCAGCAGAUCGAAAAGCAGAUCCUGGAGUCCAACCCCAUUCUGGAAGCUUUUGGGAAUGCAAAAACAAUCCGCAACGACAACUCCAGCCGCUUUGGAAAAUACCUGGAGAUCUUCUUCAACAAAGACGGGGUGAUUGAAGGAGCCCGGGUGGAGCAGUACCUUCUGGAAAAGUCUCGUUUGUGCCAUCAGACCCCAGAGGAGCGAAACUACCAUAUAUUUUACUGCCUGCUAGCAGGAACCAACUCUGAGGAGAGGAAAACUUUGGGUCUCAAGCGUUCCAAGACGUAUAACUACCUUAGCAAGGGUGAGAGCACACUGUGUGAAGGCAGAGAUGAUGCUAAAGAUUUCAAGCGCAUCCGCUCAGCCAUGAAAGUCCUGACCUUCUCGGAACAGCAGUUCCAGGAUAUCCUCAAGCUGCUGGCAGCUAUAUUACACCUGGGGAACGUCAGUUUCGAGGCCUCCACUAACGCAAACCUGGAAACCAGCAACGUGGGAAAAUCGGAGCACUUCAACAUCGCCUCAUCACUGUUACAGGUGCAAAGGUCUGUCCUUGAAAACAGUUUGACGCAUCGCUCCUUUAUGACCAACAGAGAGAGAGUAACGAAGCCCCUCAGCGCUGAACAGGCCACCGACUGCAGAGACGCCUUUGUAAAGGCAAUCUACAAUAAGCUGUUCAUAUGGAUCAGUGGAAAAAUUAAUGAGGUCAUCUAUCAGAAACUUGAAAAAAGACCCAAAUCUUCAUUGCUCUCCAUCGGCUUGCUGGAUAUAUUCGGCUUUGAGAACUUCACAACAAACAGUUUUGAGCAGCUGUGCAUUAAUUUUGCUAACGAGAAGCUGCAGCAGUUCUUUGUGGCCCACAUCUUCAAGCUAGAGCAAGAGGAGUACCUGAAAGAAGGGGUCGUAUGGAAAAACAUCAAGUUCAGCGACAACGAGAAAAUCCUGCACCUGCUGGCUGAGAAACCGUGCAACGUGCUGGCUCUGAUAGAUGAGGAGAGCCACUUUCCAAAGGGUUCAGACCUUACUCUGCUGACCAAGCUGAACCAAGAGAACAAAGGAGAUGAAGCCUACAUCCAUUCCAAAAGUGAACACGACAUAUACUUUGGAAUUAUUCACUUUGCCGGCGAAGUCUACUACGACAUCAAUGGAUUCCUGGAAAAGAACAGAGAUGAAGUUAGUUAUGACAUCAUUAAAACAAUCGAAGUGUCCACCAAUAAGUUCCUGCAUCAGAUCUUUGAGAAGGACCUAUCAACCAACGGAGUGAAGCCAACCAAAAACGCCAAGUUCAUCAUGAAGCCCAAAAGCUUCCCACAGCCGCAGAAUGAUAACCGUAAACAAGUGCCAACGCUGACUGGUCAGUUCCGAGUGUCUCUGGAUUCCCUCAUGAAGGCUCUGUCUGCCUGCCAGCCCUUCUUCAUCCGCUGCUUCAAACCCAACAACGAAAAACAGUCUAAGACCUUCAACAGGGAACUCUGCAUGCGUCAGCUGAGGUACUCCGGCAUGAUGGACACCAUCCGCAUCAGGAAACUGGGAUAUCCUGUGAGGCACACAUUUCAGGACUUCCUGAAGCGCUACAGAGUUCUCCUAAAGACGACCAUCUGUGACCCCAGAACCAGUGAAGCUUCAGCCUGUUGUGAAGCAAUCUGCAGAGCUGUGAUUAAAGGAAGGGAUGAGUGGAAAAUAGGAAGGAGCCAGAUUUUCCUCAAGGAUGCACAUGAUGCUGUGUUGGAACAUUUACGGGAAGAAGAACUGAGCAGGGUAGCCCUGGUGAUCCAGAGGGUCAUGCUGGGCAUAAAGGACAGAAAGCUUUUCCUAAAGAAGCGGGAAGCAGCUGUGGUGCUACAGAAGAACUGGAGAGCUUACAGACAAAACAUAGUGGAGAGAAAGCUUCAGCUGGGUUUUGUUCACCUGGUGUCAGUGAUCCGAAGUCGGAAACUUCGUUCUCAGUACCAGAGACAGCGAGCAGCUGCAAUCGUCAUCCAGAAACAGGUACGAGGCUACCGGGCGAGGAAAGACUACCGGAAGGAACUAGCAGGUCUGGCUUUGCUCACACAAAUGAAGAAGGAGGAAGAAGAAGACAUCGCCAUCGAACUCCAGCAACGGCUGCUAGAGGUUGCUGCAGAGCAAGAAGUAAUUUCAGAGCUAGCCGACGUGGAAUCCAACAUUUCCAGUGAACCUGAAUCAGUGGGAAGAAUGUAUGACAAGCUUAAACUUUCUGAUGAGGACACGGAUGACACUAAAUCAGAGACUGAGGACAUUGUGGAGAUGGAAGAGGAAACCCCUCAGCGCUCCAACGAGAUGACGUUUAUCAUCACGCCGGCUUCUAACUCAAUCACCCCUACGCCAUCGAUCAAUGACGAGUUAGAUGAAGACUUUGAUGACAGGUUCGACGACGAGAGCGACUUAAUGUCCUUUUACAACUUCAGCAAACUUCACUUCCAGAACAGGGAGAACCACAAGCACACCCCCCAGAGACUGAAAAAGCCCCUCCUGCACCACGAGGAUGAAGGAGACGCACUGGCGUCUCUGACUCUGUCAUGGAUCAUUAUGCGGUUUAUGGGGGACAUAUCGGAGCAGAGAUCUGCAGAUGCAAUCUCUCAGUUUUCUCACCAGUCCAGCAACAUCUCCCAAAGCUCCAUCUCCCGUCUGCUUCCAAACAGACAAGGCCGGAGGCUGAGCAACCUGGUGGGACUUGAUCAGAAAAUCCUGAGAAGGAACAAGAAGAAGCUUGACGGUGGAACCAGAAAAUCCUCAGCUAUACUGGAGGAGCCGGAGGAUCUAACUGAAGACGAGGACAUAUUGGUUGGAGAGGGCCCAACACUGCAUCGACAGCUGACACAGCUGGAAAAGCUGCACAUUAUUGUUGGAUAUGGUUUGUCACGAGAAGGCGUGAGAGAUGAGAUCUACUGUCAGAUCUGCAAGCAGCUGGUGAACAACAAGAACAGGAAGAGCUGCAUGCAAGGCUGGGCUCUCCUCGCCCUCUGUCUGGGGAUCUUCCCUCCAACAAGCCUCUUCAUGGGGUAUCUGGAGCAUUUCCUUUGCAGAGGUCCAAAUGGUUACAGAGAAUACUGUACAGAGAGGCUGCAUCGUAUAGUAGCCAAUGGAGAAAGAAAAGAGCUCCCCUGUUGGAUAGAGCUGCAGGCUGCCAACAAAAAGGAGCCCAUUAAUUGGUCGGUGACACUAAUGAAUGGAGAAAAAAUCGCCGUACAGCUGGAUUCAGCCACCACCACAUCUGAAGUCUGCCAGGCUGUGGCUAAAAAGAUUGGGCUCAAAGACACCUUUGGCUUUGCCGUCUACAUCAGCUUCUAUGAAAAGAUGUGGUCUUUAGGCUGCUGUGAGAAGAAGCAUGUAUUGGAUGCCGUAUCUCAGUGCGAGCAGGAAAUGAGGAGGCAGGGCAGGGAGGAGAAGGACACGCCCUGGAGCCUCUCCAUCCGUAAGCAGCUGUUUGCACCGUGGCACGACUCCUCCCAGGACCCGGUGAGCACAGAUCUGAUCUACAAGCAGGUCAUCAAAGGAGUCAAGUCUGGAGAAUACAUCUGUGAGAAGGAGGAUGAAUUUGUCCAGCUGGCUGCAAAGCACUACUUUGUCUGCUUCGGCUCUGAGGAGCCCACUAGGGACAAUGUCCGAGAGGUGGUCCAGGAGUGCAUCCCGACCACACAGAUUGAGCAAAGAUCCAUGACAAGAUGGAUUCAGCUCAUUACUGCAGAGCUCUCAAUGGAGACGUAUAACAACAGGAGACUAAAGGCAGAAAAGGUCAAAGGAGAGGUGGUGGACAUCACCCAAAAAACCUGGCCGCUCGACUUCUCGAAGCUUUUUGACGUCACAAUGAUGUCAGGACCCCCAUUGCCUAGAAGCAGAUUUUUUGUGGCAGUAAACUGGAAAAACAUCAUCUUCAUGGAGAAAAGGGAGAAGAUUCUCAUGGAGAUUUCCUAUGUAGAGGUGAAAAAAGUCGAGAUGUUGAGAGACAGACACCUGUCUGUGAGUUUGUCAACAAUCAAAGGAGACUACAUCCUGAGGUCUCAAGAGGCGGAGGACAUGGCCAAGGUGAUGGAAUUCAAUGUCGAUGGCCUUAGAAAGCGUUCUAUGUAUGCCAUGGUUCAGCAGGACAUUCCUAAACAAGAUGAUCCCAUCUUCCUGGUCUGUAAACGAGGUGACUUGCUGAGAGUUGAAAAAGACUAUGAUGAUGAUUAUUCACAAGAUUGGACUUCAAAUCAGAUCAAAGCGUUCAACCAGCGAACCAAACGGGAUGGAUAUGUCAAUAGGGAAAAAGUGGAGUUUCUGCCAACUCUUACUGAACCUAGCGCAGAAUUGCUGCAAAAUCUCAGCCCGAAACAGAGGAGAGGCUCAGCCCCGGUCAUUGUCCCUUUGGUCGAAGAGACAGUGGCUCCUGUUUCUUUGAAAGAGUUUGCUCUCGAGAAUUUCAGACAAGGCACCAAAGAAGGUGGUCGGAACAAGGGGGGACACAGGGAGAAGCUGUGGGUUUUCUCCAAGGAGCCUAUUAAACAGCCACUCCUGAAGACGUUGGUUGGCAAUUCAGAACUCAACCCUCUGGCCUGCAACUCCUUUACUGCUAUCUUGAAGUAUAUGGGCGACUACCCCAUCAAACAAUCUCGAAGUCCUAUAGAGCUGACCGACCAGAUCUUUGGUCCAGCCACCAAGCACGAGGAACUUCGAGACGAAAUCUACUGCCAGUUAAUGAGGCAGAUGACCACCAAUAGCAGCAGGAUGAGUUUGGAGCGUGGCUGGCAGCUGAUGUGGUUGUGCUCGGGUUUAUUCCCACCCUCUCCGAAAUUAAAAAGACACGCGCAGCGCUUCCUGGAAUCCCGGCCCCGGGACCCUCUGGCUGCCAUCUGUUUACAGAGGCUGCAGGACUUUUCAAGUAAAGAACCCAGGAAGCUUCCUCCCCAUCAGGCGGAGGUGGAGGCCAUCCAGCAGAACAGCACCCAGAUGUUCUAUAAAAUCCACUUCCCAAAUGACACAGAUGCUCUAGUGGAGGUGUCUGCAACGAUCACCAACAGAGAGCUACGCCACAGGAUCGCCGACCAGCUCUCACUGAGCUCACCAGAGGGAUACGGCUUGUAUACCAAAGUGUCACAGAAGCUGGUGUGCCUGGAUGAGGACAAAUAUUUCUUUGACAAUCUAAGGCAGCCUCCAGAUGUUCCAAAGAAAGGGAAAAAAGUGAAAGAAGCCCAACAAGCCUAUGUGCCGCUCAUGGUGACCUUUAGAAGGAAGCUCUGGUUCAACGUCAUCCCAGGAAAAGACCUUAUCGCAGAUCUUACCUUCCAUUUCCCACAGGAGGUGCCUAGGUAUCUUCGGGGAUUCCACCAAUGCAGCAAAGAGGACAUGAUAAACCUGGGAGGGCUUCUCUUCAGAGUGGCAGUGGACUCCGACAGGUCACAGUUUGUCAUGAUCCCUAGAAUGCUGGGCGAGCUGGUUCCUUCUGACCAACAAAAAAUAAUGUCUCCGGACGAAUGGAAGAAGCACAUCAUCACAUCAUACAACGGGCAGAGCGGUAUGACAGUACAAGAGGCCAAAAUUGCCUUCCUUAAAGAAAUUUCUAGUUGGCCGACCUUUGGCUGUUCCUUCUUUGAAGUUAAACAAACAUGUGAGCCAUCGUACCCACCUGUUCUUUGGUUUACCAUCGGCAAGAAAGGCGUUAGCCUAAUUGACCCCAGAACGAAGGAGCUGCAAGUGAUGCAUCCAUUCAACCGCAUCAUCGAUUACAACAGCAGAGGCAACUACUUCCAGAUGACCAUCCGCACCAUGGUGAGGGGCGUCAGCUUCGUGUGUGAAACCUCACAGGCUUCCACAAUAGAGGACAUUGUUAAAUCGUACGUCAGGAUGUAUGAGGAACAGAGGCAGAUCUCUCGACCGAGGAACAACAUGUUUGACUGAGACUUUGAACUGAUCUGUUCUGAUUUCCAUGCUGUGUUAUUCAUUUUCUUGAAGUUAAUCCAUUUGUAAACAAUAAAUAAUAACACUGUCUAUUAUACAGACUUCCUCUAUUAAAAAUGUGAUAUUCAAAA